AUGACUCAACGUUUAAUCUUUUUGAUUUACCUAUUAUCUGUUUUUAUAUUAGGAGUCAGUUGCCAACAAUUCCAAAUUCCACGUGCAAUCUCUGUUUUCAGUUCAAAACUCUAUCAAUCUUUUCUCAUUCCAACCAACAACAGCAGCACUUCAAAUCAACAAGCACCUCAAAAUCUUGUCUACUCACCAUUUUCCAUUCAUACCGUCCUCUCCAUGACCAUGAUUGGUGCCAGAAAUGAAACCUUUAAUGAAAUUGCACUUGCACUUGGUUUUCCACAAGAUACUUCCUUCCUUUCUCUAAAUCAACCUGAGAAUGUCACUCAAUUCGAACAAUCUAUUAAGGAUUAUUCUCAUGAGUGGAGUUCUCUCAUCACCACAACAAAUGAUUCAAUUCUCAGUGUUGCCAAUGGAAUUUACAUUGAGAAGAGUUAUCCAUUGAGUUAUGAUUAUUUACAAUUGAUAAGAGAUGAUUUUCACUCGAAUGUGAAAUCGGCUGAUUUUUCUGGGAAUGCAGAGGCUGAAAGAGUUGAUAUUAAUUCAUUUGUUUCGGAUAGAACGAAUCAGCUUAUUAAAGAGUUGAUUCCUGUGGGUGCAAUUACAAGUGAUACCAAGUUAGUGUUGGUAAAUGCAAUUUACUUUUUAGGAGAGUGGCAAUCUCCAUUCAGUAAGGAUAUGACAACAAAUGCCUCAUUUAAGCAACUUUCAAUCACCAAUGAAAUUCUUCAACAACAAGUUCCAUACAUGAUCAAGAGGGAUGUUUUCGAAAUGUUUGGCGAUAACGAUGAAUACAAUUGGUUGACCUUGCCCUAUUCCAACACCAAUUAUCAAAUGACUUUUAUUGUUUCCAAAUUUAAUCUUCCAUUCUCAGCUGCAACUGAUAAGAAUUUUGACCAAUUCAUUGCCAACUCACUCUCCAGCUCGACUCCCGUCUUUACAACCACUCAAACUAAUAUGCGUCUCGUUAGAAUUCCAAAAUUUAAACUCGAAUUUGAAUCUGAACUUUCCAAUAUUCUCAAGGACGAGAAUGGUGAUUUCAAAAUGAUAACCUCCUUCGAAAGAGAGGCUGCCAACUUCUCAGCCAUGAUCCAACCCGAUCACCCAAUGAAACCUCUCAUGCAAUUGUGGAUUGAUAAAAUCUUCCACAAGGCCUACAUUCGUGUCGAUGAAUUGGGAACUGAGGCAGCUGCUGCUACUGCUUCUAUUAUUGUUGGACGGACGACUUCGAUUGUGGAUGAGUUGGAUCAGAGAGAUUUUGUUAUUGAUCGUCCAUUUGCGUUUGUGUUGAAGAGAGAUGAUGUGGUGUUAUUUGUUGGAAAGGUCAAUAAGUUGUAUUAA